AGCGCAUCUUAUAGGCAUCUCUUGCCCAGUAACGACGCUAUAAUCCACUUCCUUACGGGAACAAAAAUGAGGACCGCAGCCAACAAUGCGAGGCGCCUUGUUGCUGCCGCGCAGUUCUCCCCGCGUUGCGCAGUCAGCGAGUCGAACGUGGAGAUCCCGAACGUCUUCAUUGCUUCUGGAGGCCUGCAGGCCGCGCAGAUGAGGGAGUUUUCUUCCCCGAUGUUUAGGCCCCGCCCUUUCUCUGGGCCGUCAUGGCAGCACGAGGCGGCGCGACAAGCUACUGCUAACCUCACCAGCACAACUUCAAGCCUUGCUGCCGCGGCAGCCUGGCAAGCCAGCGUCGUCAACGCUGAGUCGUCGCAGGUCGAGGAUUGGCUCGCUGCGCUCCACCAGAUUGACUCCGAAGCUCGAGGCCUUUGCUCUGGUCUCCUUUCGCGCAAUCCAACUCUCCUGUGGAAGGAUCCCACGCGCACCGCUGGCGUGGUACAGGCUAUCGUAGAUGCCAUUCGCCAGAAGCACCUGCUGCGCCCUUACUUCAUGCAGGACGCUCACGUGCUUGCGCUUGCUGACAGGUACACGCCAGAGGGCUUACGCGCACGGCUGUCCGAGCUCCACCGCCUCGUUUGGCAGAAGCUCGAUGACGCCGACGUCACCAGCCUCUUCGCUUCACGCACAUCCCUGGACAUGCUCGACCUGGACGCCAAGGCUCUGGCUCUCAAGGCCCAGGCCCUCCGCGCUCUCGUCCCCGAGUUCCUGCCUUCCACGAUUCUGCGCAGCUGCCCAGAGCUGCUGGAUGUGCAGGUGGACGACCUCCCCAGCCAUGUGCGCCGGGCCGGUGACACAGUCAUCCUGGGUGCCAACGUCCAUGUCCAGCUCAGCAACAACAUGGUCACUGUUCGCACCAAGGUGCUGCCCAAACCCUCUCCUACCGCCCAGACGACCAGCUCUGCAGCCUCCACGGUAGGCACUGCCAUCGCCGGCCGUCUGCUGCGCACCGCUCGCUGCGGGGCGCAGCAGCUGCUUAAGGAACACGACAACGCUGUCGGCACCACGCGCGAAGUGGUACGGGAGUUUUCCAACGGGAGGCAGCUCAUCUACGCGGCCGGUGAGCAAGUCGAGAUCCGGUUUGACGACCCAGAUAAGGCCCAGGAGGCUACCGGCGCCUCCUGCAGGAUGACUGCACCGCAAAGCCUGGCUACAGCUGCAAAGGCCACCGCAGGUUACGCAUAAACGCCUAUUAGGAUGUGGGCGCUUAGUUGCAUAUAUACAGGAUGCAACGCGCUUCUGCAUCAAGUUUUGCUAUUAUUUCUAGCUGCUUUUCCGCUGCAGUAUGGCUGCAUGCAACAUCUGGUUAGUCUUGGUUGCUGCUGGCGAUUCGCAGGCCUAUGACCCUGGCCGUUUGAGGUUACUAGGGCAUGUUUGAUUGCAAUGCUCAUCUUGCUCGGAGCAGACUCCCCGACUGCUUCGAACCGGUAUCUACCUAACUUGCGCAUGUGUAUGCGUUGCUUCCUAAAUUGUGGUCUGGCGCAACGAGUGGCUUUCAACCAGCAGGUUUGAAGUCCUAUAGUACAACGCUCCAUGCACAAAUGGGGCCAUGAGGGCCCUGAAAUAUGAGCGUGUAGGGAUUGGGAAGGAUGUACGAGGGAAACCAGCGCGGCGUUAUGAGAGCGGCUAGCCCCCUCGCCUUGUGGCUGCAUGCACACGACUUUUAUCGUAUGCCAUAACUCGCUGGCAUGCUUUCCUAGUGAGCUUCCUUUGUUGCUGUUGGAAAAUACACUGGCUUCUGUGAGGUCGGCACAUAGACAUGCUGAGUUCUGAAGUGCAGUGCCUGGCACCAACCCAGGCGCCUUGGUCUGUGCUCGCAGUCAUAGCUUCUGUCCGCGGCUUCAUGUGUAGUGCGGUGGUGCUACAUAACAUACAUAUUAGCGCGCGAGUUGGUGUGUCUGGCUGUUGCCUGUUGCAGUUCCGCGCUGGCUUUGAUGUUUACGAAAUUGAGCUCCAGUUGGCCCCAAGUUGUAUAAAUUCGGUUGGAACCCUCGGUUUGGUGAAGCUUGUAUUUCUUUCCGUUCGGCUCGUACAUUCGAGGUAACGUGUACCCUGAACUGUAGUUACCUUGAGAGCCGCUCUUCACCAACACCCUAGCAUGAUGCGUUCAGCUUGUAUUCGGUUGUACAAUAAUGUGGUCGGUCGCUUCGUAAUUGUAGCUGGGAUGAAGGUGGAGAUGUAGCUGGAUUAGUACGGGCUGUUCUUGCGUUAGGAUGUACCUGAGCACGCACAACGUGUUGAUAUGCGCGAGACCGGUUGUCAUUAUGUUGUGUGUUGCCACUCUUCUUUCCAAUGGUUCGUACCAAGAAUCGACAAUAUAAUGGUUCUCUUAAAGCAAUGUUGCCACGGUGUUCCCGACGGAGCCGUUGUAGUACCCAAUGUACAUCUUUGUACAGCUUAAGAUGUUUCUUUGCUAAUGCUUCGAAUAUUAUGACGUUUUUGCGGCUGCCUAGCUUCAUCAAAACGUGUUGCCCACGGUUGUUUGGUUGCGCUGAAAGGUAAACCAUGUAAUAAAUU